AUGGCAGGACGAGGGUCCCGCCGCCGCCGCUGUCGUCGCCGCAAGAGCACGAUCAAGCAAGGAGGGAACGGCGACGGCGACGGCGACGCGCGCUGUCCGCCGGACCCCGGAUUCGUUUCCGGGGCAAUGGAGGAGGACACGGAAGGAGCCGCCCCCUGCCCCUCGCACCGCGUGCUCUCCUUCCUGGGCCUGGACGCGACGAAGGAGAGGGGAGCUGAAGGAGGCGCGUCUGGGAAGAUCCGCGAGGGCCCCGCGGCCGUCCCGGCCUCGACGUCGACGAGCAUCCCGCGCGCGUCCGAUCUGGAGACCCUCCUGCGCACGAGGAAGCUGACCCUCAUAUUGGACCUGGACCACACGCUGCUCGACUCCACGGGGCUCGAUGACCGCCUCUCCCCCGUCGAGCAAGCCAACGGGCUCACGCGGCACGCCAAGUCUGACCCCACCGCCGGCCUCUUCCGGUUGGGCUCCGCCCGCGUUCGCAUGCUCACCAAGCUGCGCCCGUUCGCGCGGGGUUUCCUGGAGCAAGCCAGCGCCAUGUUCGAGAUGUGCGUCUACACACUGGGCAACCGGGACUACGCGAGGGCGGUCGUCAAGCUGCUGGACCCGGACGGCGCCUACUUCGGCGGCAGGGUCGUGUCCCGCGACGAGUCCACCAGGCAGGACAGCAAGAGCCUCGACGUCGUCCCGGGCGCCGAGGCCGCCGCGGUGGUGAUCCUCGACGACUCCAGCGACGUCUGGCCGGACCACCAGGAGAACCUGAUCCUGAUGCACCCGUACCUCUACUUCGCCGAUAGCUGCCGGACGUUCGGCUAUGGGGUCCUGACGCGCGUCCACCAGGGGUUCUUCGACUCCGUCCUCCGCGGCCGCUGCUCCGACGUCAGGGAGGUGAUCAGGGCCGUGCGGCGCGAGGUGCUGCGUGGCUGCACGGUGGCGUUCAGCCGGCUCAUUCCGCUCGAGGACGUCUCCGGGGAGCACCCCAUGUUGAAGCUAGCCAAGCAGCUGGGCGCCGUCCACGCAGCCGACGCGGACGCCACGGUCACCCAUGUUGUCGCGCUGGAUCCGCGGACUGACAAGGCGCGUUGGGCACGGGACAACGGCAAGUUUCUGGUCAACCCGAUGUGGAUAAUGGCGGCAAGUUUCCGGUGGUCCCGUCCGUGCGAGCAAGAGUUCUCAUUUCCCAGUCACCCGCGGCCAUGGAUCCUCCUCAUGUAUCCCUGGACAAGCCAAUUUGCUGAAGAUGCAGAUGGGGAUGAGGAAGGUGAAGAUGCAGAUGGAGAUGGCUUUGACAACGGUCCAAUGAGCACCAGCAGCCGCAAGAGGAGGAGCACUACAGAUACAUUGGUCAAGCUGACGAAGGGGCUGACAGAAAGGAGGCACACAAAAUCUUCGCUCCAAGUUCGUUCAAAGAAGACGUAG